ACAAGUUGCCCCAACAGCAGCAGAAGCAGCGAGGCGCACGGCAACCAAAAAAAAAAAAGUUUCUCCACAGUUAUGGGCAAGUUUGAGAAGAACGUUUUCCUUUUAUAUCUCACAUCUGCGAUCCUCAAAACAAAACGGGGUUGGAUUUAAGGACAUAUUCUGUUUUUUUUUUUUUUACAUCGCAACAGAUUUUUUGGGGGAUUUUCUUGGAGAUUUCUCACCCUUUUGGAUUGGUUCAUCUGAAGAUACGACUCAACGCGGGGCUGUUCUCUUGUGUGGUCAGAGAAAAUGUGCGCCUUUACGCAGCCUCGCAGUUUUGCAUGGUUUGCCGUGGUCUUUCUGCUCGUUUUGAGGCUCCUUCGUGGAUGCGGGGCGAACACACGGACGUGUCCCCCUCCCUGCGUGUGUUCUGGGGAGCUGGUGGACUGCAGUCGGCUCAAGAGGGGCCAAAUUCCAAACACGAUCCCGGAAUGGACAGUUCAACUGGACCUGAGCCAUAACAGAUUGCAGGUGCUUGACAGCUCUUUGUUUUCCAACCUACAACAUCUAAGUGAAGUAAAACUGAACAACAAUGAACUGGAUGCAAUUCCUGAUUUGGGCCCGUACGCUUCAAACAUCACAGCGCUCAUUCUAGCAAACAACAGGAUCAGCAGGAUCUCAGAGGAGCAGCUCAGGCCCUUGCUCGCCCUGGAAACGCUCGACCUCAGCAACAACAACAUUGUGGAUAUAAAGGCCAGCUCGUUCCCCGCUCUGCCGCUCAAGAACCUCUUCCUGAACAAUAAUCGCAUUUCCUCCAUGGAGACGGGCUGCUUCACCAACCUGUCCAGCAGUCUGCAGGUUCUCCGGCUCAACCGCAACCGCCUCUCCACCAUCCCGGCCAAGAUCUUCCAGCUGCCCAACCUCCAGCACCUGGAGCUGAGCAGGAACCGCGUCCGCAGGGUGGAGGGUCUGACGUUCCACGGCCUGCACGCUCUCCGCUCCUUAAAGAUGCAGAGAAACGGACUCAGCCGCCUGAUGGACGGAGCCUUCUGGGGCCUCAGCAACAUGGAAGUCCUGCAGCUGGACUACAACAACCUGACGGAGGUGAGUAAAGGCUGGCUGUACGGCCUGCUGACUCUGCAGCAGCUCCACCUUGGCCACAACGCCAUCAGCAGGAUCCGACCUGACGCCUGGGAGUUCUGCCAGAAACUCAGCGAGCUAAACCUCAUCUCCAACCAUCUGUCCAGACUGGAGGAGUCCAGCUUCGUGGGCCUCAGCCUGCUGGAUGAGCUCCACAUCGGAAACAACCGCGUGAGCUUCAUCGCAGACGGAGCUUUCCGGGGCCUCUCCAACCUGCACAUGCUGGACCUCCAAAAUAAUGAAAUCUCCUGGACCAUCGAAGACAUGAACGGACCUUUCUCUGCUCUGGACAAGCUGCAAAAACUAUUUCUGCAGGGGAACCAGAUCCGCUCAGUGACCAAGAAAUCUUUCUCUGGCCUGGACGCGUUACAACACCUAGACUUGAGUAAUAACGCUAUCAUGUCCAUCCAAGCCAACGCCUUCUCUCAGAUGAAGAACCUGCUGGAGCUACGUCUCAACACCUCCAGCCUCUUGUGCGAUUGCCAGCUGAAGUGGCUCCCCGUCUGGGUGGCGGAACAAACCUUCCAGCCCUGCGUCAACGCCAGCUGUGCCCACCCGCAGAUGCUGAAGGGCAGGAGCCUGUUCGCUGUCAGCCAGGAGGAGUUUGUGUGUGAUGACUUCCCAAAGCCUCAGAUCACCGUGCAGCCAGAGACCCAGUCAGCCCUCAAAGGCACCAAUGUCACGUUCGUCUGCUCGGCAGCCAGCUCCAGUGAUUCACCGAUGACCUUCGCUUGGAAGAAAGACAAUGAGGUUUUAAAUGAUGCAGAGAUCCACAACCAGGCCCACUUGCGGGUGCAGGGUGGCGCAGGAGGCGAGACUGAGGUGACAGAGUAUACAACCACCUUGCAGCUACGCAAUGUGGAGUUCUCCAGUGAGGGGAAGUACCAGUGCGUCAUCUCAAACCACUUUGGAUCGUCCUAUUCCAACAAGGCCAGGCUUACUGUCAACAUGAUGCCUUCCUUCACCAAGAUGCCAAUGGACCUGAGCAUCAGGGCUGGUGCAACAGCCAGGCUGGAGUGCGCCGCUGUCGGUCACCCUUCCCCCCAGAUCGCCUGGCAGAAAGACGGAGGCACAGACUUCCCUGCUGCCCGAGAGCGCCGCAUGCACGUCAUGCCCGAGGAUGACGUGUUUUUCAUCGUGGACGUCAAGACUGAAGACAUCGGGGUUUACAGCUGCACAGCUCAGAACACAGCUGGAGCUAUUUCUGCAAAUGCCACACUAACUGUUCUCGAAACGCCUUCCUUCUUGCGGCCCCUCAUGGAUCGCACUGUGGCAAAGGGAGAGACUGCAGUUCUCCAGUGCAUCGCCGGAGGCAGCCCUCCCCCGAGGCUGAACUGGACCAAAGACGACAGCCCGCUGGUUGUGACCGAGCGACACUUUUUCGCCGCGGCCAACCAGCUCCUCAUCAUCGUCGACGCUGCCGAGGCCGACGCCGGGAAGUACACCUGCGAGAUGUCCAACGCGCUGGGCACCGAGCGGGGGAACGUUCGCCUGGCGGUGAUACCGAAUCCUAACUGCGACUCCGGAGUUCAGGGCGGCGUGGGAGUCGGCAUCAUCGGCGGGGCAGGAUCGGAUGACGACGGGUGGACCACAGUGGGGAUUGUCAUCAUAGCGGUUGUUUGCUGCGUGGUGGGCACGUCGCUUGUUUGGGUGGUGAUCAUCUACCACACCAGGCGGCGCAACGAGGACUGCAGCGUCACAAAUACAGAUGAGACCAACCUGCCUGCCGACAUUCCAAGCUACCUGUCCUCCCAGGGCACACUGGCAGAUCGACAAGACGGCUACAUCCCAUCAGAGAGUGGCAGCAGUCAUCAUCAGUACAUGUCCUCGUCCAUUAGCGGCUUUUACCUGCAACCUAAAGACAUGAAUGGUCUUUGUCAGAUGGAUACAGGAAGUGAAGCGGACAUGGAGGUGGCCAUUGAUCCUCUGCUGUGCCAUUAUCAAGGUCCUAUCGGUUCACUGUUUUGCCGAGACUACUGCACUGACCCAUCGGAAGUCUUCACAGGCUGUUCCAUCGACCAAAAGCCCGGUAGCAUCGACCCUUACAGCAACAGCCUGACGAGCUCGAAAAGAGGAGACUACCUCCUGCCUGAGCAUUUUGAUCUCUGCUCCUCGUCGGUCCUGAUGCAACUCCCCAACGCCAGCCUCCAUCACGGCCCCUUCCACCAGCAGAGUGAGCGCCGGCCGUCCUCAGAGGAGAGAGAACCCAGCGAUUUUGCAAGGAACGUUGAGUGCCCUCCUUCCUAUAACACCUUCAUGGGAACAUUUGGGAAAACUCCCUGGAGGCCUCACAACGACGCAUACACGGGCUACGGCCCACCGUCGGUGACGCACAAUGGAAUAACUCUGCACGAGAAUCCGUAUGCGGCUGCGGACACCGAUUCGGACCUCGAGGAGGGCAGUCUCACCAGGGACUCUUCGUCAGAGCAGAGCAACUGUGUUUAUGAGCAGCCUUUUGACAGCAGAAGGACUGAUCCCAACCCACAGCGGAGAACGAGCACUUAGCUGAGUGACUCUUGUUUUUCAGAGAGAAGGACGACCAAAAAUAUGAACAAUUCUACCUCACUGAAUGGACACUUUGGCAAUAAUGGACUCCUCAAAUGUGCAAACGAGUGAAUGUAACAAGUGAAAUGUUCCUGAGGGGAAAGUAAAGCGGAGCAUAUUAGCAGCAGUUUGUUUUAAAAGGAUGCAGCUACAGUUGAAUGAUAAAGAUGAUUAUAUACAUUUUUUAUAUAAAGCUAUUCUAUUUUGUAAAUUGUAUAUAAACAGAUUCCAUUAUUUUUGCUUACCUUUUGUCUACGAGUAUUUUGCAGCCUUGCCUAUGCAUUAUUCCUGCUUUGAAUGAAGCACUGUUUUGCACAUACUGUAUAUUAACAAUAAAAAAACACCUUUUUGUGUGCUGCUACAUUCA